UACGAAAACCACGAUUCUCGCUGGCAGGCUGUGAAAGCCCGCGAUAUUCGUGCGGACGGCUGCUUUGUCUCGGCCGUGAGAGCAACAAAGGUCUAUUGUCGACCAGUUUGUAAAUCUAGACUGCCUCUUCGCCGCAAUGUUUUAUUUUACAGAACUGGUCAACAAGCGCAGUCUGCAGGUUUCCGUGCCUGCAAACGGUGUAAACCCCAGCUAGAUGGGCUCAUGCCGGAGGAAAAGUCUGUGCAAAAAAUUCGAGGGUUCCUGCAAGAGUGGGAAACAGCCGUCAUCAGUGACGAAAGUCUUUGCCAGUUGAGCUUAGGCCAAAUGGCGAAACAGGCCAACAUGUCGAAAUGGUAUUUCCAUCGGCUAUUCAAGAAGUGCGUCGGCAUGACGCCCGUUCAGUAUCUCAGAAGCCGGCGGAACAUCAUGCAG